AUGGCUCAAGAGGUGCUGGCCCUGGGCAAGCAGCUGGCGGCCGAGACCACCUGCCCGCUGUGCCUGGAGUUGUUCAGGCAGCCCGUGCUCACGGCGUGCGGGCACAGCUUCUGCCAGCAGUGCCUGGCAGCCGUGCUGGGGGACCCUCCUCGCCCCGCCGCCUGCCCGCAGUGCCGCUCCCCGGUGCAGCCGGACUCGCUGCGCCCCAGCCUCUCGCUGGGCGCCGUGGCGGAGCUGGCCCGGGCCAUGGAGGGGGUGGCGACCCGGGCGCGGUGUCCCCAGCACGGCUCGCUCAUGGAGCUGUUCUGCGAGCCGUGCGCCGCCCCGCUGUGCGCGCUCUGCUGCUCCGGCCUCCGGCACCGCCCGCACCGCGUCCUCCCCGCCGAGGAGGCCGCCCGGGAGCUGCGGAAUACGCUCCAGAGCAACCUGGUUUUUCUGCAAAAACAGAAGGAAAGACUGAAGCCCAAAGGAGACCAGAAAAGUCGUGAUCUGCUGAUGACGGUGAUGAUGGAGCUGAAGCGUGUGCCCGAGACCUUCAAGGAGCUGCAGGAAUUCCUGAAGGAGCAGGAAGAGAUCCUGGUGGGCCAGCUGGAGCAGGUGUCCCAGGAGCUUGUCAAGAGGAGGUGUGAAUACAGCUCCAGGGUUUUGGAGAGGGAGUGGCUGCUGGACAUGAUGAUUGCACAGAUCAAGGAGAAGCAGGACCAGCCGGUGGUCGAGUUCCUCAUGGAUGUUGGCGAAAUCCUGAGCAGCUGUAAGGCAGCCAGGGCCCCGAUCCCAAAGCCCGUUUCCCCCAAGCUGCAGAGGAGCGUUGAGAGCCUCUCUGAGAUGAGCCAGCGGGUCGUGGACAUGGUGGCCAAAAUCACAGUGAACCUGCGGAGUGAGAUGGACUGGGAAAGGGAGCAGGUGACUCUGGACCCAGAGACGACAAGUCCUUACCUGAUGCUUUCACGGGACCACAAAACCAUCUGGCAUGAAAAUAGAAAACGAAACCUCCCUGACACCUCCAAGAGGUUCACGGGCAGCUUCAGCGCCCUGGGCUCCCAGGGCUUCACGUCUGGGAGGCAUUACUGGGAGGUGGAGGUGGGGAAGGGGGGCGACUGCGCCGUGGGAGUGGCCCUGGAGUCUGUGCCGAGGAAGGAGUCGCUCAGCCUGGCCAUGGAGAAGAUCUGGGCCCUGCGACUGGCCUGGGACGGCCAGUACAGAACAUUCAGCGUGCCCCCUGUCCGCCUGGCAUUCAGGGAAGAGCUGCGGAGAAUCAGAGUCCACCUGGACUAUGAAGCGGGCCGAGUGACCUUCUACAACGCAGAGAACAUGGCACAGAUCUUGCAGCUUGAGGCCACCUUCACUGAGGAAGUCUUGCCGUAUUUUUGGCUCUGGUCUAAAGAAACGCACAUCCGGCUGUGUGACUGACGGAGUCGGAUCCGUCUGUCCUCCCUGCCUGUGCCCUUGGCUAGCUGAGCAGGGAGGAGCUGUGGGAAUGACACAGCAUCACACUGCACACUCCCUGCAGCUCUGCUUGGGCUGGAUGCCCUCUGCCAUUUUCUCUGUCUCCUGCUGCUGAGUCCUGUGGAGCAUUAAAGAAGUGCUGUCCUGCC